AUGGGUGCAUCAAUCUCAGCACCAGUUCCUACAAUCAAGCAGAAAUGGAGAGACCAUCCUCCUUAUUCUUACUCCCUCAAGAUUCACAACUUCUCCCAACUUGAAAAUUCGACUGCCUCCUCUGAUCAUAGAUAUCAAUCUCGUUAUUUUUCCUCUGGUGGACAUAAAUGGAGAUUGAUUGUAUACCCAAAAGGGAACGUAAAGGACAAUGGGAGUGGAUUUAUUUCGAUGUACGUGGAAAUCGACAGCACAAGCUUGGUAUCUACCCCACCAACUGAGGUGUUUGCGAAACUCCGUUUCUUUGUCUACAACAAGAAAAUAAACAAGUACUUCACUAUUCAAGAUGUUGAGGUAAAGCGGUUCAAUGCUCUAAAACUGGUGUGGGGGUUGCUAAAAGUUCUUCCAUAUGAAACAUUCAUUCACCCUGAAAAUGGAUACAUAUUCGAGGGAGGUCAAUGUGAGUUUGGUGUUGAUGUCAUUGUUCCCCCACCCCUUACCAAUUGGGAGAUCGUCUCUUUUGAUGAGAAACUACUCUCUUAUCCCAAGUUCUCCUGGACUGUUAAGAAUUUUUCUGAGUUGAGAGAGGAGAUUUACACAUCAAACAGUUUUCCAAUGGGAGGAAGGAAAUGGGUUCUAAAGGUGUAUCCGAAGGGCAGGUCUAGAGCAGAUGGCAAAUAUUUAUCCGUUUUUCUGUAUCUAGCUGAUAGUGAAAUACUAAAACCAGAUGAGAAGAUUUUCAUGCAAGGAAUUGUGCGACUUCGAAACCCUUUUGGCUCCAAUCACUUGGCACACCAAAAACUCCCUUCGCCGGCUAGUUUGGAGGAGAAUGCGAGACCUGCGGUAGUUGUGCCGUCGCCGACUUGCGUGGAGGAGGAUGUGAGACCUGCCGAAGUUGUGGCGUCGCCGGCUUACGCGGAGGAGGAUGCGAGACCUGCCGAAGUUGUGGCGUCGCCGGCUUGCAUGGAGGAGGAUGUGAGACCUGUCGAAGUUGUGGCGUCGCCGGCUUGCAUGGAGGAGGAUGUGAGACUUGCCGAAGUUGUGGCGUCGCCGGUUUGCAUAGAGGAGAAUGCGAGACCUGCCAGAUUUGUGCCGUCGCCGAUGGCUCUGUUGUCCAUGAAAUGCGAAGGUAAGCCUCCUGAGGACACAUAG